CGUGGUGCGUAAGCUAUGUUUUCUUUGCGGACGUGUUUGACAGAAAGCUUCAAAUGGGGUUUUGACGAUGAGAGAUCUAUAGUUGUUACAUCAAACCCGAUUUCUUGAUAAUCAGUCUUAAUGGUGGUUAUCGUACUAUUUUUUAUGAUAUAGGGUAAAGACCAAACAUUUUCAGUCGGUUAAAGAGGAAGUGCAGAAAGGUUAGCUGGUUAGCUAGCAUUUGCUGACCGCGAGCCCAGAAGUCAGCGUGAUUGAAUGAGUCACGUUUGCCAACCUUCGAGCUUGUAGCAUUGGACUGCUGGAAUUACACAAUCCGUUAUGAUGCCCAGAGACAACAUGACCUGCCUCGUCAAGAAAAUUGCCCGACAGGCUCUUGUUACGUUUAGAAAUCCGUUUGCUGUGGGGGAGGCUAAUAAAGCUUUCCUGGAAAACCAAACUAAACUGAAGACUCUCAUGACUGAAGUUAGAGCUGAGGAUCUAAAACUCGUUGCGAGAAAAGUUGACAGCUCCCCGAUAUCUCCACCACAUAGCCCACCGGUCACAUACAUGCACAUAUGUGAAACGGACACUUUUAGCAUGGGAGUGUUUCUACUAAAGAGCGGCGCCUCCAUACCGCUACAUGACCACCCGGGGAUGCAUGGCAUGUUGAAAGUUAUGUACGGCAAGGUCAGGAUCACCUGCUUCGAUAGGGUGGAUAAACUUCCAACAGCGACCAGCAGCAGUGACACGCCUUUCAGCCCACCGUUCCAGAAAGGGGCACUGAGGCUUUCUGUGCUGAGGUCGACGGGAGAGUACACCGAGGAGAGCGAACCGUGUAUGUUGAGUCCGGACAGGGACAACCUUCACCAAAUCGACGCCGUAGAUGGACCGACUGCUUUCCUUGACAUCUUGGCACCCCCAUAUGACCCAGACGACGAGAGGGACUGUCAUUACUACAAAGUUCUUGACCCUGUGGUGGACACCGAGGCCAAAAAGACAGAGUCACAAAACCAGAAAGAAGUGUGGGUGAUGGAGAUAUCCCAGCCUGCAGACUUCUGGUGUGGAGGGGAACCCUAUCCAGGCCCUGAGGUCUCCAUCUGAAGAUUAGAUUACAAGGCCAGGAUGAUUAGACUAGUUAAGAGAUUUGUGAUCAGUUUAUUUUCAGGACUCUGUCACAUAGUUUUUGUAAGUUCUAUUGAGUUCUCUUAAUAAUGGUAAUAGUGGGCUGUCACCCUGGUGUGGGCAACGGAGUGGGAGGUGUCUAUGAAAAAGCACUUAGUUGGGCCUUUGCUCACAAUUGUCUGAAACCCUUUUUGAUGUGGAAGGGACUGUGAAUCAGUCACUGUGUAAUGAAAACGGUGAAGCAGUACAGAAGUGUGGUCUGGUUUGCUUAUAAAGUAUGUGUAAUCUGUAGUUAAUAAAUGAUAAAUCAUGCAGGCCAUGGCCAUUGAGGCAAUAGGGUGGGUUUCUAUGAUCUUAUGUUAUCUAACAUGAAAGCAUUUGGCACAAUUCAUUGGGAUAUGCAGUCUCAAAAAUCAUAUAUUAAAAGUUACACAAUG